CUUCUUAUAGAUACAAACAUCUAAACCAAAGAAAAAUAAAUCCCUAUUGAACAAAAAAAAAAAAACCAAAGAAAGAUUGUAAAAUGAAGAGCACCCAUUUGCCUUUUCAUUUGCCUGAUGAAUUCAAGGAACCAAUCUCUCCAAGAACAUCCUCUCACCAGAAACAAAACAAUGAGGUCACGAAGACAUGUUUGCCGGUGAGCAUCACGAGUCACCGGAAUAUUCAAGAACAGCCGGAGAAGACGACGGUGUUAUCCGGACGUGAGAGGCUGAAGAGACACAGAGAAGAAGUUGCCGGAAAAGUUCCGAUACCGGAGAGUUGGGGCAAAGAAGGAUUGCUUAUGGGUUGGAUGGAUUUCUCUGCCUUUGACGCUGCUUUUACGUCUAGUCAGAUAGUCUCUGCUCGAGCUGCGUUAAUUGCAGACGCCGUAGAUGAUGCCGGAGAUAGAGGAAGAAGGCCUCAACGGCUCCGAGUUGAGACCUCUUGUUGAUUUUCAAUUUCUUAGAGAAAUAUUUAUGCAAAUAAUACACAUCGGAAAUGUUGGAUGUUUUUAGAUAUCAAUCUUUAUAUUGAAUUUUGGAUAUUGGACCAUUGAUACAACCAUUCAAAGUUUUCAAUUAGUAAUUGGAUUGAUUUAUUUAGGGAAUUGCCUGUAACAAACAUAUAUUUGGCUACAUAUUAUCAUUUAUUUAAUU